UCUCGUCGAGGUGACGUUAUAUAAUAUUUUUUUUUUCACAUAAAUAUUUACCAUGGUGUUUUACAAUAAUAUACACGUUGAUUGAAUUUUGUUUGGAAAAUCGUAUGUUUGAGAGAAAUAGUUAACGAAACCUGUUAUCGAGGAUGAAUAGCUAGCUGGUACGACUAAACAAAAAAUAUUAUAUUAUAUUAAACUGGUUUGUAGACUUAAAGAAUUUACUGAUGACAUCGGUAUUUCAUGUGCCUACUCGUAAGGGAGUACUGUGUAGUAAGUAGGGUCGAUGGCGGUGGUGGUGAUAACUAGUCAUUAUCCCCACCAAAACAGGUAGGGAAUCAUAGCGCGCUACACCGCAGGAACGAGUUUGACAGUAGUAACCAACACAGCAUACCGAUAAACAGUCUUUUGCAAUUGUAUACGGGUUCAUACAUCGAACAGCAAAAAUUAACACCACGCACGAAAUAAAUAAGACAUAUAUCGUUGACGUGAUUUCCAAACAAUCAUAAAAUAAUGGACAACGAAACUGGAGUUAGCACGUCGGUGUUCUUCGAUCAAAUCAUAGUUGCCAAAACGAUUGCCAUGCUCGUCUUAGGUCUGGGAUCAUUUAUGUUGGGUAUGUUACCUAUAAAACUGGCUCCCAGAAAAUGGGGACGACCGAAUGCGGAAGCACCACCACAACCCAGCGGCCAUUCGCACUCCAGCCAUUCGCAUCCCGGUCACUCAGCCACCGAUUCAUCAAUAAUCGUAUCGCUGUUAUUGUGUUUUGGUGGUGGCGUGUUGCUUUUUACCACGUUUUUACACCUGCAACCUGAAGUCCGGGAGAGCGUCAACCAACUGCAACUCACACGUAAGCUACCUAACGGACAUGGCGCUGAGAACCUGGGGGACCUGAUAUUCUGCGUUGGAUUCUUCUUGGUGUUUCUCAUAGACCAAAUAGUGCAUAAUGUACUUGACGGUUGGUACGACUCGGAAAACGAUGCCGGCCUCCACCGAUCAAUGAGCUUGAGGCGGCGUAACCCAGCGGUGACGAAACCCGCUUUACAGCCAUCGGCCGAUUCACCAGCUACUCCCCAUGCCGUCACGGAACGCCAGAACAAAGUUAGUGAAGAAAAGUACCGGCCAAUACCCUGGGAAAUGACGACGCCGACCAAACAUAGAGACCAGCAACUACAACAGCAACCACAGAUUGAAGAAAAUAAUGCGAUCACACAGCCGUCGGGAUCACUGAGAAUGGACGAGACAACUGGACAGUCGCUUCGAGGCUUGUUUGCGGUACUAGCUCUUUCGUUCCACGAAGUGUUCGAAGGCCUGGCUAUUGGGUUAGAGGAGCGAGUCGACCAUAUGUGGUAUCUGUUCUUUGCAGUGGCCACGCACAAGCUGAUAAUUGCCUUCUGCAUCGGCUUGGAACUGGCCUGGUUGGACACCAAGAGGGCUGUUCUUAUUACAUACGUGACUACGUUUGCCAUUGUCACGCCAGUAGGCAUUACCAUCGGCAUGGUGCUUGUAUAUUAUGGCGACGGAGGUUCUGUAGAUGGUACACCUGGACUCGUGGCUGUUGUUUUGCAGGGACUGGCCGCCGGAACACUUCUGUAUGUCGUGUUUUUUGAAGUGCUCACCAGGUACAAGCAAUCAGGAUUCUUGCACCUGUUAUCCAUAAUACUUGGAUUCUGUGUUAUGUUGGGGCUGCAGAUGAUGAAAUAUUUUUACUUACUCACCACAGUCACAGUCACAGUCACAUGCCAGAUGACAACCAUCAACAUUCAGAUCACCAUCAUGAAUUUCAUGAGCAUGAAGGUCAUAAGCAUGCAUUUCAUAUACCUGGACACGAACAUAAUCAUUAGAACUCUUAAAUUAUUUAAGUUAAAUAUUCUAUUAAUCUAAGCCAUUAUUUAAUUUUUUAAUCUAAUAUUUGUAAAAUGUA